UCUAAUACCUCAAUUUCCCCUCUCCUCUGCAACCUUCCUCCCCUGCCCUGAAAAACCUCUGCAUCAUUUCUCCCCUGUAAACGCCUUCCACACUUCGUACAACCCACCUGCAUUCGAAUCCAAUCCACGGCCUGCAACUUGUUCUUUCUUUCUCCCCUGUUUCCGUCUCUUCAGCUCCGUGAGAUAGCUGCGAAUCCUGUUCUCUACUCUCCCUCAUCAUCCAUCAAUUUCAUUCCAUUGAUCUAAUUUUGUGUGUGUUCCACUCUGGCUCCCGUCCUUCCUCUGCCUUAGCUCAACUUCUAUAAAAACCCUUCCAAGUAUGUAAGCUUCACUUUUUCCUCUACAAUUCACUAAACCCACCAAAAAAAACCCCAAAAAAAGUUUCUUUGUUUUAUGUUUAUGCAUCGAUUCUAGUUGUAGCCAUCGUUUGGAUCGUGGCAAAGGUCGAGAUUAUCACUCCGUAGAGAGACCAUCAUAAAAACCUUCAAAUUAUGUAAUCUCGGUUCAUCUUAGUACCCACCAAUCCCAUAAAAAAAACCCAAAAAAAUUUAUUUAGUUUCCAGUAUCAAAAAAGAAAAAGAAAAAAAGAGGUCGGAGGAGGGAAGAAGGAUGCCGGAAUCGGAAGGAGGGACGCCGGUGGCGUCUGCGCCGGCGACGCCGGGGACUCCGGGGGGUCCCCUGUUUUCGGCGCAGAGGGUGGAUUCGCUGUCGUACGAUCGGAAGUCGAUGGCGGCGAGAUGCAAGUGCUUGCCGGUGACGGUGCCAGCGUGGAGUCAACCCGACACUCCCACCUGCUUCACUGAUUUCCCCACUCCCGAUAUUUCGCUCACUCGCAAGCAGCUAGGAGCGGAGUUCGUGGGAACAUUCAUACUGAUCUUCGCGGCGACGGCGGGGCCCAUAGUGAACCAGAAGUACGCCGGCGCCGAGACCCUGAUCGGCAACGCGGCCUGCUCGGGCUUAGCCGUGAUGAUCAUCAUCCUGUCGACGGGCCACAUCUCGGGGGCCCACCUGAACCCGUCGCUGACCAUCGCGUUCGCCUUCCUCCGCCACUUCCCGUGGGUCCACGUCCCGGCCUACAUCGCCGCCCAGGUCUCCGCCUCAAUCUGCGCCUCCUUCGCCCUCAAGGGCGUCUUCCACCCCUUCAUGUCCGGCGGCGUCACCGUGCCUUCCGUCACCACCGGCCAGGCCUUCGCCCUCGAGUUCAUCAUCACUUUCGUCCUCCUCUUUGUUGUCACCGCCGUUGCCACCGACACCCGCGCGGUGGGAGAGUUGGCGGGAAUAGCAGUUGGCGCCACCGUUAUGCUCAACAUUCUUGUUGCAGGGACAUCAACCGGUGCGUCGAUGAACCCGGUGAGGACACUAGGGCCGGCAGUCGCAUCAGGGAAUUACAGGAAGCUUUGGAUAUACCUGGUCGCACCAACCCUCGGCGCUCUCGCCGGAGCUGGUACCUACACCGUCGUGAAGCUGCGGGACACCGAAUCCGACCCACCUCGUCCGGUCAGGAGCUUCCGUCGCUAAGCCUAUCCAUCUCCAUCAUCCCAUCCACCGCCGGCCUCCGGCAACUUUAUCCGUCUAUUCUCUAGACUAGACAAAAGUAUCCAUCAUAUUACUACGUACUUCUAUGUUGUUCAGUGUUUGUUGUGUAAUAAACGCGAUGUGACGACUGAAUGUCCACGCCUGAACUUUUACCCUACUACGUACGUUUUCCUUUGUGUGCUGUAAUAUUUGGACGUAACUGCAUGCAGGUCCGAUAUAGCAUGUUUGAGUUUUACUUCUUAUCGAUCGAGUCAUAUGUACGUUAUAUGGGUUGGUUUCCUG